AUGGAGAAAUCCAAAAACUUUCGUAUUGACGCACUGCUGGCGCACGAUAUGGAGCAGAGGACUGAUGGAGCGUCUCCCGAGUUCUACUACAACAGGAGCCCAAGUGACAGUCCGGUGUCGAACCGCGGUUCCGAGACGCCCUCUCCUCACCAAAACCCAACAAAUACCCCUCAGGUCCAGCCAGGACCUCUCUCAAAGUCCCCCCUCUUCAACUUGUCCCAGUCAGGAUUCACUGCUCUGCACCAAGGGGGGUUCCUCGGAAUGCACCCGAGAUCCAUGUACCCUCUGGCGGCGUUUGGCGGCCAGCAUCCCGCCUUCAUUUAUCCCGGUUUCACGCAGCUGAUCCAGCCAUAUCCGGAGCAUCUGAAGGGGUCCGGGAUGGCCGGGGCGAUCCCGCUUGAGCCUUGGCUCAGAGCCGGGAUGAUGAUACCCAGACUCGGAGAGUAUGGAGGUCCGGCUGCAGCAGGUUUGUUGGGGAAGUGUCGGAGGCCCAGGACAGCUUUCACCAGCCAGCAGCUCCUUGAGUUAGAAAACCAGUUCAAGCUCAACAAGUACCUGUCCAGGCCUAAACGCUUUGAGGUGGCCACUGCACUCAUGCUGACCGAGACUCAGGUUAAGAUCUGGUUUCAGAACAGACGUAUGAAGUGGAAGAGAAGUCGCAAAGCCAAGGAACAAGCAACCUCUCUGCUAACUGACACAGACAGGAUGCACAGUGCCAAGUCUCAGGGUGACUCUCACAGCUCGAGCCUGGAGGAUGAAGAGGAGCUUGAAGGGGAGGACGAGGAUGAAAAAGAGGAGAGGGCAGGUUCUUCGGGUUCUUCGGGCUCUCUAGGCGUCAUGAUGCAUGCAGGGGGAGAAACAGGGAACUACAACUCUUUUUUAGAUGAGGAGCUGGAGGAGGAAGGUGUAAGAACAAGAACUGGUGUUUUCCCAUAG